AGACUUUCUUGUCUUCAUACCUCUCAAACACAAACACUCUCCCUUUCCAACCCAAUCCCUCUUCCCCCAGUUCAUCAUGGCUGCUCCGUCUGCUGCGAUCAAGAAGGCCUCCGCGAAGAAGGCCGGCUCCCGCAAGGUAGCGCACAAGGCGGCGGCGAAGAAGGCCGCGCCGAAGAAGGGCGGAGCGAAGAAGGCCGCCCACAAGAAGCCUGCGAAGAAGGCCGCGAAGAAGGCCGUGAAGAGGGCGGCGCCGAAGAAGGCCGGCCACAAGAAGCCGGCGAAGAAGGCGGCGAAGAAGUAA